UCUGAAACUUGAUUUAGCAUCGAAGUUAAUCAUACUUCGACAAACACCACUAGUAGAAAGCAGAGCCAAAGACGAGAUCGGAACAGGGGAUUUAAAAGAUGUUGUUCCAGGUGGGCGGGCAAGGUACUCGUCCCACCUUCUUUGAGAUGGCCGCCGCUCAACAGCUCCCGGCCAGCCUCCGUGCCGCUCUCACCUACUCCAUUGGUGUAUUGGCAUUAAGAAGACCUUUUCUUCAUAAAAUAUUGGACUAUGAAGAUGAAUUCUUCUCGUUGCUGAUGCUGGUUCUGGAGACUCAUAGCUUAAGAACCACAGAUGCUUCUUUCUCUGAGUCUCUAUAUGGUUUGCGAAGGAGGGCAGUCAAAAUAAAGGCAACACUGGAUAAUCGUUCAAAGUUGAGUGAUGACAUUCAACACAGAAGCCUUGAAAAACGUCAAAGAGUUCUUUCUGUUGUAUUUCUGGUUGUUUUGCCAUAUUUUAAGUCAAAAUUGCAUUCAAUCUACAACAAAGAAAGGGAAGCCAUGGUUCAGGCAAGUUUAUGGGGAUCUGUUGAUGAAAGAUUUGAUGAUGUCAACUAUUUGGAUGGAGGAGAGGCUUCUGUUGCAUCAACAGCAUCUUUGGAUACAGAAACAUCUGUUAGAACGCACUUGGUGAAGAAAUUUCAGAAAAUUGUAGCUGCUUGUUACCCGUGGCUACAUGCUAGUACUGAAGGAUUAUCAUUUACUUAUCAGCUCUUGUAUCUGCUGGAUGCUACUGGAUUCUAUUCUGUGGGACUACAUGCACUUGGGAUUCAUGUGUGUCGAGCUACGGGUCAAGAGCUGAUGGAUACUAAUUCUAGAAUUUCAAAAAUUCGAAGUCGUGAACGUGAGAGACUCAGAGGUCCACCAUGGUUGAAGUCACUACAAGGAGCAUUGCUUAGAUGUUCUUAUGCAUUGCUUGACUAUGCUCAAACUGGUUUAAUUGCUGCUGUAUUUAUCUUCAAGAUGAUGGAAUGGUGGUACCAAUCUGCUGAGGAAAGAAUGUCAGCUCCAACAGUGUACCCUCCACCUCCACCUCCCCCAGCCCCUAAGGUUGCUAAAGAGGGGAUCCCGUUACCACCUGAUAGAAGUAUCUGUCCAUUGUGCUCACAGAAGCGUGCAAAUCCAUCCGUAGUUACAGUCUCAGGAUUUGUAUUCUGUUAUGCUUGCAUACACAAGUAUAUCUCUCAGUAUAAACGCUGCCCAAUCACGUUGAUGCCGGCAACUAUUGAUCAGAUAAGGAGACUCUUUCAUGAUAUGUAACAACUUCGCCAGAUAUUAUAUGAAGGGAUUAAUGUAGUUCCCUAGGAGGCAUUCAACAGUCAAACCAAAUGUUAAAAGCAAAGAUGGUUAUGCAUGGUGAUGGUGUAGUGCCUUUACCACCAGAGCGAAAUGAAACAGAGCAGUUUUGCUCUUGUUGUAUAGAUUUGUUCUUGUUGCUUUAGAUUUUUGCAAGUUUUGAAUUUUUUGUUAUUUUAUGUAUAGGUCGUUCUGAACCAGUCUUUAUAAUAAUGCUUUCAUCCCUUU